AUGGCAGCUCCAUCCAGCGAAUUGAUUGGUGCUGCUGGAUGUCGCUAUCUCUUCAAACAACUGAUUCAGGAAAGACCACAACUCGGUCGCGUUUGGUUGGCAACGUCUGGACAAGACAAAUUCAUUUUGAAGGACAUCCCCAAGACCAUUUUCUCAAGCUUUAAUGAGGACAUACACCCACGGCUUCAUGAAAGCCCAUUUCUACGGUUACCACAUGACACAAUUCCAGAUCAGCAGAUAUUUGUGUACAAGUACAUGGAUGAUGACUUUCUGAGCCUUGCUAGAAAGCAAAUAUCCAUGCAAGCCAGGAAGCAGAUUUUAAAAGCCAGUUUGCAAGGGAUUGCUGAGCUGCACAGCCAUGAUAUUGUCCAUUUAGAUAUCAAACCCGACAAUAUCAUGGUCAAUUAUUGUGGCACUGGUAAAAAGACAAUCGUUGAGCAGGUUCGGGUCAUUGAUCUUGAAAACACAGCUUAUCUCCCUAAAGGGAAGUGCGUUAAAGGGAUGUUAGCUGGUAAUGAUAGCUGGCGUAGUCCAGAGGGUCACUUUAAAGGCAAGCUUGGCAAGCCUUCUGACAUCUUCUCCUUUGCAGCUGUGUGCAUCUAUGCCAUGCUUGGACAAGUCAUCUUUGGAGCUGAUGAGGAUAUGAAGAAACAUGAAAUGCAAGGUGCAUUCCCUCAUGUCAUUCGCCUGCAACGUCAGGUUUCUUUUUUUGGGGAUCAAGAAGGAUUGAAUGGGCUCAUGAAACAUGUUGGUGAUGAGGAGGUCAACCGCCAGGUUCUUGGAUUUCUCUGGGACGAUCGGGUGGCAGACUAUCACCCCUACAAGCCAUUCUCGGAUUGGCCAAAUGUCAAUGACGACAAAUUCAAGGAUAUUAUCCAUUGGAUGACAAACUUGGAUCCUCAAAAACGGGCAACAGCGCGCGAAGUAUUGGAGCACCCUUGGUUUGCUGGUUGUGAGCUUUAUUAAGUGAUCUGAAUAUAUACCUGUGGCGAGCUGUGGGUUGCCCCUGAGGAGAAAGAUAAGGACACUGCCAAUCAAGGCUACCCUCACCUGCCUACCAAGGGCCGUUAGUUAACGGCUAGGAGAGGCCACCUUAUGGUCGAUCAUGAUAUCGCUUUCAUGUACAUGGAUUAGCAUUACGGUCGGUCUCAUGCUAGUAGAGUCCAGAUGACAUAUCAAGGGCUAUUCACAUCUCUUCUCUGAGUUCAUCUCCUGUUUGCCCUGCCUUCUCUUUUUUGGAUUUCCGAGGUUCAUCUUUGUUAAAUUUAAUUGUAAAGUACCGAUUGUCUUCGUGGAUGAGAAGGUAGACACCUCAACAUCACAUCCAGAGCCAACUUUCAGCUUCUAAAAUAAAGGGAUGUGAACUUGCCAAGUAGGUAUCUUCAGACAGAUCUACUAUCUGAUUUAGCUUAUUG